ACAGUGUCUGGUACAAAGACUUUAAUGCAGUUCUGUAGCCAUUGUAGUGUUCAAUGGGUGUAAUGAUGUGAUCGUUAACAGGAGGACAGAAGCAAAUUCUAGAGGAUGAGGUUAAUCAUUAACAGUAGCUCCACUUUAUGUUGUACAGUGAUGCUGUCAGUCUGCACUUCACUUCCUCCUGUCACACACAGUUCACCUGUUCUACAUCUGCCAUGCACCAACAAAGAGCCAUGUACAGACAGGACUGUAUACUCCCUGAUAGUCCUGCAGGUCAUCUGUGGUCAUCCAGACCUGCGAUGUGCACACCUGAGCAGUCAGCAUCACGCUGGAGCUGCCAGCAGGACUCCAAUCAGUCGUGUCCGGUCUGCCUGCAGACUGCCAGCUUCCCUGUCCAGACCAACUGUGGUCACCUGUUCUGUGCUCCCUGUCUGAUGGCAUACUGGAGACAUGGCUCCUGGUUGGACGCCGUCAGCUGCCCUCUGUGCAGACAGAAGGUCAGCGUGUUGUGUCAUCUAUUCAGCGACAGUCGAUCAGACCGCCAGUCAAAGGAAGUCCUUGUGGAAAUAACAGACUACAACAAACGUUAUUCUGGAACUCGAAGGAGGGUGACAGACUACCUGUGCGAUGCCCCCCUACUCCUGCACGUACUGGUCCGGGGCCUGGGAACUAUGGGAGGACUGGUGUGGCUGUUCUUGUUCAGAGUGGCUCUCUGCUGUGUGCGGACGCUGGUGUCUUUUGCCUCCUGUUCCCUGGAGUCCCCCUCCUCACCCACAGCCCCUCUGGAGACAAUCUCCUCCCUCUGCGGACUGCUGGGGGUCCUGGACGACCUGGCGGUGGUCAUCCUGCUCCUGAUCUGUGUUAUCAACAUCAAUCAGCAGAUGGCUCCAGACACAGGAGGAGAGAGGGGGUCAGUGUGACUGACCUCAGGAUAAUAAUGAACCAGAGACCUGAUGUUGGAAACUGAUGUCAAAUAUAAUGUCAAUAGUUUAAUGGGUUUAUCAAUAUUAAUAGUUAAUAUCCUGUUUUGAAGUUAGUACAAUUUAAUGUUUAGGUUAACAUUGAUUCAUUUUGAUGAAUU